AUGUAUCAUGAUAAUGCAGCAGAAAUUUGGGCUGAGCUGCACGAACGAUUCAAUGAGAAGAACGCUCCUCGCAUCUUUGAAGCCAAGAAGACGAUGCAAAGUCUUACUCAAGGAUCCAAUACUGUUACGACGUAUUAUACUCACUUGAAAUCUCUUUGGGAUCAGAUAAGAGAGUUUCGUCCACCACCUGUUUGUUCUUGUGGCGCAAUGAAGGUGAUACAAGAGUAUCAAGAAGAGGACAUAUUACUUGAAUUUCUGGUUGGAUUAAAUGAUUCAUACAGUCUGGUUAGGUCACAGAUUCUAAUGCGUGAUCCUCUUCCAAGCGUUAACAAGGCGUAUGCUGCUGUUAUACAAGAAGAAAGACAGAGAAAUUUGACUAGUGGAUUCAGCAAUUCCACUGAGUCAGAUAAAGGAGCAUCAGGAAGUAAUGGACAGUUUGUUGGAGUUGUUCAACCUUUCAGAUCUAAGUACAAUUGUACUCAUUUUGGAAUGAAUGGUCACUCGAUUGAGAGAUGCUACAAGCUGAAUGGAUAUCCUCCUGUACAUAAGUACCAUGGAAAAUUUCCUAAUCGUGAUGCAAAAGGAAAUGCUGGAAAACCAGCAGGAGUUAACUUUUCAGGUGCUGAUGAAGGAAAGACUGAGGAGCCUUCAAUGGAAAGAGAUCUUAUCUCUAGUUUGUCGAGUGUCCAGUGCCAAAAGUUGAUGGCUAUUCUUGCUCAAAAGGCCACUGAGAACAACACUCAAAAUGCCUCUGAAGAUUAG